AUGUACGGGAGAACACCUCAAAUAGUCACAUUACAUACUAAAGGUGUAAAAUGCAUCUUGCGAUUUGACGAUCUUAAUAGCUAUGAUACUACUUCAGAUAGGAGGAGCAUGCCAAAACCUACUUCUACUACUAUAAAGUCAAAUUCCUUUACGCCUCCACGGCGAAGACAAAGUGCUAAAAAGCAGUCUUCUUUGGAUUCCCCGACACACGACUCCGCCAGUAUUGCAACUAGUUCAUGCCGUUACGAUAGCUCGCUUGGUCUUCUCACAAAGAAAUUUGUUAAUCUCUUAAAAGAAGCAAAAGAUGGUGAUUUAGACUUAAACACUGCUGCCGUCUCCUUGCAAGUGCAAAAGCGUAGGAUAUACGAUAUCACCAAUGUAUUAGAAGGAAUUGGAUUAAUCGAAAAAAAUUCAAAAAAUCAUGUUCGUUGGAAAGGUGUACAGCAGUUACCAUUGGCUUCUUCUUUAUGCCAGGAUUAUAAACAAAAGAUAAAAGAACUUCAAGUUGCCAAUGCUACCCUUGAAUCUGAGAAAUUAGAACUUGAAAGAGCUGAUCAAGAUGUGGACAUCAGUAUAAAAAAUAUAUAUGAAUCCGAAGGAAGUGCAAGUCUCGCAUUUGUAUAUCAAUCAGAAAUCGAAAAUAUUAAUCUUUUUCAUCAAGACAUCUUAAUUGCAAUAAAGUCUCUCUCAGGAACACCAUUGCAGAUCCUUGAGGAGAAUGAACAAUCAGGCCAGCCACUCUAUCAGAUCCAAAUACACGAUCCAAACCUUCAACAAAUUCAUAUUUUCCAACUUUCAGACGGUAAUCCAGGACACAAUUUGACUAUAACAGAUGACCAUUCCGCACGUGCAUUUACUCAACAAAGCCAGCCUUUGAAUAUUAGAAAUGGUGAUCAUCUCCAUCAUAAUGUAGCCCCUCCUCCUCCAUUUUCUCAUAUGUCUUUAAUACCAACUCCUACUGAUGAGGAUUAUGACAUGCUUGAUGAUAGAUUAGAUGUAUUCGAAAGAAACUCAAAUCAAAGGAUGAGGGAAAGUGGUCAUCAUCGUCCACAAUAA